UGCGGGAGCGACGCGCCCACAGCCCGCCGGGCAGCCCCGGACAGCGCCGGCAGCCCCGCAGGCAGCGGGCAGCACCGGACAGCGCCCGCAGGUUCCCCUCUCAGAGACAGCCUCCACCGGGCACCUCAGCAGCAAGAUGAACCCCACCGUGGGCAUUGCUGUCAUCCUGACAGUCCUCCAGGCCGCCCACUGCCAGAUGAUCAAGGACCUGAGUGCCUGCCUGCUGGGCCAGAACCUGCGCGUGGACUGUCGCUAUGAGAACAAAACCGACAACCCCCUGACCUACGAGUUCAGCAUCACCAAGGACAACAGGAAGCACGUCAUCCACAGCACCAUCAGUGUCUCCGAGAACAUCUACCGGAGCCGAGCCAAUGUCACCAUGCAGAGGAACCUGGUGUGCCUCCACCUGCAGAGCUUCACCACCAGCGAUGAGGGCAUCUACAUGUGCGAGCUGAAGGCCACCAAUGACUACACCGGCAACCAGAUAAGGAACAUCACUGUUAUCAAAGACAAACUGGAGAAAUGCGCCGGCUUCAGCCUCUUGAUCCAGAACACCUCGUGGCUCCUGCUGCUGCUCCUUUCCCUGCCUCUCCUGCAAGCCGUGGACUUCGUGUCCCUGUGAAAGGCAAAGCACACUCACACCCGCACACACUCACACUCACACACACACAGCGCUCGYACACACACGCACGCACACACCGAGCACCUCAGCCACCCCGCCUUCCUCGCAGCCCCUGGAAAGAGAAGCUGAAGCGUCUGGAAGCCGUGAAACCUCUCUGUGUUAUCUCUAUUUAGCCGUAUAUCUAACGCUAUCCACCGUCCCGUGCCGAGGCCCGCCAUCCCACGCACACGCGCCCCGCUCCGAAGCAUGGUGGCUCUGCUAGGCAGCGUUGCUUCUCCCAUCAUGCCUCCUCGCUCUGUAGGCUGGCUGGUUUGCUUGUGCUGGGAGCACUGAGGCCUCAGCCUCGCUUGUUCCAUCCCUUUAACUCUUGGGGUUUGCCUGUUCUCARCUGGGGAAAGACAGCUGGAUCGGCAGGUAAGAGAGAGGGGUGGUGCGAGAGCGUGUGGAGGGUGCCCAUGGUGGGUGCUGUGCCCACAGCCCCUGGAGGUGACAGGGCUGUUGGUGUCCCCACCUGCCUUGCCUGCCAGCCGGGUGACUGAUUCCUCACCCUGCUCCUCUCACCCUGAGCUGGCACAGCUGGGAGGGGCACAGAAUGAGUCCUGUCUCAGUGAACAGAGGAGCCACGGGAUGCUGCUGGGCCUGGCAGGAGGGGAGGAGAGGGGGAGYGGGUUUAGGAGACACCACAAACAGCCCCCUGCCUCCUUAGGGCUGUCCUGGGGCCCUGGGAUCGGGCUCGGUGAGAAUGUGCUUCGGCAACAAGUUUUUCCUAAUCUGUUUCUUACAGCGGAGUGGGAAGCGAGGCCUCCUGCAGACACCAUCUGGUACCUUUGGGCUGCCCGAGCCAGAGACAUCACCCACUCCCCCUGGGGACCAGCCCUUAGCUGUGACGAGAGAAUUGCUGCCAGCACCAGUGGAGGCAAGCAGAGCCUCUCUGAGCUAGCCACAGCCCCACUCCCCUCUCCAGGGUCCCCAGAGCUGUGCCCAGGCUGGCUGGUGGGGAGGGGGCUCCCCUCGGACUCUGACCCCAGGGUCUCCAUAGGGACUACUCUGCACCCCCUUGUCUUCCCUGAGGGAAUGUCUGGGGACCCCAGUCUUUCCUCAUGGAGAGGCAGAGCAGUCUCCCUCGAAUCCCACCAUGCCCCUGGGAGGAGCACCUGUGCCCCCUCCCUUCUCCCUCCUCCCUUUCAGCAUUUCCCCAUCUCCGUUUAAGAGCAGAAAAGGACUUGAGGGCAGCCCACAACCUCAGUAAGGCCAGGAUGGUGCCUGGGGUUGGUGAGAGCAGGGACAGGGAUGCCCAGCACAGCCCAGAUUCGCCAGCC